UAUUUUUUUUUUUUUUUUUUUGGAAACGGAUGACUGGAUGAGGAACAAGAAAUACGAAAAUGCGGAAAGAAUUAGAAAGGAAUAUUGGUAAGAAUAUAAACACCAUUGCAUACAACUAACUUUUACAUUUAAGGAAGCAACAUAACAUGCCAGCAAAAGUACGGAGUGAAAAAUGACAACAAAAGACACGAAUCACAGCUGAAUAGAACACUGGAAUUAAGGUAGAACAGAAUACAAACUAUGAACAAAGACUUCUAAUGUAAGAUUAUGGUAACACGCUUCGAACGCCUGAUGGGGUGCUCCUCUAUCCCGAUAGGAGAGACCCCGCCUGAGGACGAGACACAAUGCUCAGGCCGGGGUGACUGUCUCAAUGGAACCUGUCUCUGUGAAAUACGCUACAGCGGUGACGAAUGUUCGGGCUUCAAUCUACCCUACCAUGCAAGCAUAUCCUCCGUGUUCUAUUUCGUCGCAUUCAUCUCGAUGGUACAGCUAAUGAUCUGCAUAAUCGCCGAGUAUCAACGACUGAAGCAGCCAAGUUUUUUGCGCGCCUGUCGUUUAACGACGCAAAAGUUGCUUUAUUUUUUCGUUUUUAUCGCAUCAGUACUGCGCGGAGCCUACUUCACUACUCCGGCAAUACUACAACCAGCAUGGGUCACCUAUCUGAUGUCGGCAUACUAUCCGCUGGUGAUGACUUGCGCGUCAUUGGUCGUCUGCUUGUGGGCAGAGAUAUUUCAUCUGCGCGACAUCCGUUGGGAACGCUCCCAGUUUCUGUCCAAAAGUUUUCUUGGUUUUCUCGCGUUUAAUCUGCUUCCAUACAGCUUGUUCCUGGCGGAGAUAGCUUACUCACAUCUGUUCUCCGGUCGGAGUACGCAUUUCUUCAACGGCUGCUACGCGGCACUGCUGCUUAUCGUAGUAAUCUUUUUCCUGAUCUACGGAGUGGAAGUGUUCUUCAAGGUACGUGGCGGAUUCGUGUACGACUUUGGAGCAGCUCCCAGCAGUGAGAAUGUAAACGCUUCCCAAUUGCAUCAGUCUCGCUUCGGACUGUUAAGCCAAGCUAUAAUGCUAAUUGUCAUAAUUGGUUUUCUAACGUCAGAAACUUUGGGCGACUUCUGGAAGAAAAAAGUUCCGGUUUACUCCCGCAACUGGCAUGAUAUUGUGUUUCGGUUGGCGGAGAUAGGCGUCGCACUCUGGUUCCCGUGCUGUCUAUGGAACUCGAUGGCACCCGAACAACUGUGGAUUUUGAAUCCACGCAAACUGCUAACUCGCCAGAUCGAUCCGGUAAGCGCUGGUGCCGGCAGUUCGCAAGAACCGGAAGCUUCCACAUCAACCGCCGAAGAAGGACAAUCGUUUCUCGGGAAGAAAGAUUGCUGGAUUUGCUACGACAACGAGAAACCGGAACCGUUAAUCCAACCGUGCAGAUGCACCGGUGACGUUAGCUCGGUCCAUCACGAAUGUCUCCGCCGUUGGCUAGUCGAGAGUUGUGCCAAUUCCGACACCGUGCUCAUGUGCAAGGUGUGCGAGUCCCCGUACGAAAUUGAGCGGUCCAAUCGUCUCGACUGGGAAAAGGGCUUCACAAUCCAGCACUGGGCAAAGACAAUCAUCAUCGUCACGUUGAUGUGCAUCACCGGUGCCGGCGCAUGGGUCAUUAUCCAGCUGAACGAGGAUUCAUUUGUGCGUGUGCUGGUCGCUGGGUUUGCCAUCAUCAUAGGCUACAUUCUGUUCAAAAUGCUCGGUGAAAACACAGUGACGGCAAUCGAACGCGCUAAGGUCAGUUCGAUCAACAUUGUCACGUCGGCGAGUGAUCUGAACAAUAGCAGGAACGACGUACAUACAAAGCUCAACACCAUCUGUCAGGACGUAGAAUGCAAGUGAGCAAGACGGGCUUGAAAGGCAAACAAACAAAACAAAAACAAAACUGUGACUGAACCAUAAUCGUCUUACAAUAGAAGCAAAUUGGUCUUAAAUCGAUGAUAUAUGGUUCCCUAGCCUAAGCAAAAAAUGUUUUAGUCCAUACGAUGUUAACCUAUAAGUUGUUUUUAGGAGACAGUGGGAAACAGAUUUAACCAUAUAUACAGCGUAAGCGUAUAUUUAAUGAAAGGCCCUACCUACCACACCUGAGACUUUUUACAAUAGAUACCGAUCUUUUACAAUGCAAGUCCAGAAAAUAAGCGAAUACAUAUUUUUUACAUAGAGGUAUACAUUUGAUUUGCUACGGAAUACAGGCAGGGUAGAGCAAAUAGAAAGCUCAUUUCUCAACGGCUUAUGUGACCAUUUCUGUUUCUAUUGUUUUCAAAUGAUGCAUUUAUGAGUUGAAUAUUCGAAUCCCCGAAACAAACAAAUGUUUGCAUGGAAUCAGCAACAUUCAAAUCACAGCUAUUUCCUUUUGGUUUAAGGUGUUAGUGGGAGAAUAAGUUCUCGAAAACAGUGGAAUGAUUUAUUUCCGUUACAGUCGGUGAUCGUGCUUUGCGAACCUCGAUGUAUUGCUAUGUGCAAACAAAAAUCAAAAUCAUCUAACGCAUUAGAAAGAGAAAAAGUGCUCCACGAAACGCAUUAGA